AUGCAUACAUUCAAAGUCCUUACCGCCCUCGUCGUCAGUGCAGCAGGUGUAUACUCAGAAGUCGAGUGCCCUGGCUCAGAGUGGAACCAUAAUUGCUGCGUAGAAGGCAUAUGGACUGGGCCCGUCAUCUCCAACUGGCUCCACAACCUCAACAACGCAUCUGCUUUCCGCAGCGCCUCGAUAGUUUCCGAUAUCUCUUCCGUACGGGCGUCGAUCAAUUCCGUCGCAUCAUCCCUACAUGCUGAGAUAAAAUCCGAUAUUUCCUCCGUCCUAGCAAUCCCAGGCUCAGUCUAUUCUGAAGUAACAGCGGAUUUAGGAUCCGCUCUUGGCGGGCCCUGGACAAAACGCGAUGUACAUCCUCGCUCACCAAUAACAACAGAAGUUUCGCCGGGAUUGACCUGUCACGGAAUUGGAGCAGUGCAAUUAACAGCUCCCUCGGCGAAAGAAAGCAUUGCAAGCAUGACAAAUGCAGCUGAUGUCUACUGGGCUGCUCUGGGGCAUUCAAUCAUCGCCGGAGACGAUCACACUCUUAUUUCCCCCUUCUCUACUACUACAAUCAACCAAGCGGCUGCUAGAGUUACUGGAGACCCCGCCUCCUCUCCAACGGCCGCUUCCGGCUCAACUUCUGUCUCCAAGGGUGGAGCAGCGGCAAUGAUUACGCAGGCCCCUAUGAUGGCUAUGGGAGGAGCCGUCCUCGCUAUUGCUUAUGGUGCUAUGUAG